GUGGCCUGUGCUGCCCCACAGCAUGGCGGCCAAAGAAGGGGGAGAUUUCGUCGCCGUUCCGGUUCCUCCGCCGGAGAGCUCGGCGCUGGUCGGGCGGGGGGUUUCCGAGGGUCUCCAGCUGACCCCUGCCGCUCGAAAGUCGCAGCCGUCGGAUAUGGUGGCUUUAGCCGAGCAAGUGGAGAAGGCGGACGAGUUUGUCCGAGCGAAUGCCUGCAACCGGUUAACCGUCAUUGCAGAACAAAUCCGAUAUUUGCAAGAACAAGCUAGGAAGGUUCUGGAAGACGCUAAAAGAGACGCCGACCUUCACCACGUGGCCUGUAACUUUGUGAAGAAACCUGGAAAUACUUAUUACCUGUACAGGAGGGAAAGCGGCCAGCGGUAUUUCUCCUUGCUUUCUCCAAAGGAGUGGGGGGCUAACUGCCCCAGUGAGUUCCUCGCCGGCUACAGACUGCAGCACGACCUCUCGUGGACCCCUUCGGAUGAGGCGGAGAAACGGGACGCCGAACUCAACGUCUUGGAGAAGCUGCUGGACCAGCAAGCCGUUUUGCCCCCUUGCAACGAACCCAAUUUUCGCGGCCUUACGAUGUGACGGCGGUUUUGUCGUCUCCCCCCCCCAACCCAAAAAUUAAGGAGACGUCCAGUUCUCCUCUUCGCAAACCGUUUUCUCUCCUGGAUGCUUUUGAAAAAUGAAAAGUGGGGAGCAGAACGACAGGAGAACCACCUCCUCUUCGAUACCCAUUUGGAAACUUUUCACUGAUUUUUAUUUUUAUUUUUUUAAUUGGGCAGAUUCCAGUUUUUCAUUCUUGCAGUUUUAGCCGUUUAGCGACGGGACGGCAGCCCGAGAAAGUCAUUUUAGCCUCAUUCCAUGUCUCCUCCUGCAAGGGACAGUCCAAAUUAAGGCUGCCUCUCCCCCCCCAACCCCCCAAGCUGGGAAUCCUCUUGCUCUUCAGCAGAGAAGGUAAGAGGUGGCAAGGUCCCUUGAAGGUCAUCUAGUCCCACCCCGUUCCCAGGGAUAAAAUCCAUCGCGACAAAUGUGACUGAACUCCAUGGGAUAACAAUGCACCAUUAAUUAUAUGUCUUGCCUUCCCAAUGGAGAAUGUUUAUUUAUUUAUAGAAUGAAGAUUUUUUUUUCCCAUUUUCCCAAUAACUCUGAGGUAGUUUGGACUGAAAGAAAAUCAGAGUUUUUAUUUGUUUUUAAUCAGAGGAAGGAGAUUUAACUAAUAGUUUUAUUUAGCUAGGAAUUCCAUUGCAUUGAAGAUAAAAUUCUCUACCUACAAACAGAUUUAUGGAGAAAGUUUAACACGGGGAAUUUUGAGUGUCCGGUAUGAGGCAACAGUUCUUGGUUCUGACAGUUUGGAUAUUUAAAAAUUUUUUUUAAGAAACUAAAAAUGAACAGAAACUAGUUGAAACAGAACAAAGAAAGGAGGAAAGAGAAAGGAAAAAGUAAAGACAAACGUGCAUCAAGAAACAAUUAAAAAACGCAAAGAAAUUUCGGAUUUCCAAUUUCCUUUAAAGCAAACAUAAUUACAAAAUGAUCUUGCUUCAGGAUUACAAAAAGGGCUCCCUUUCCCCCCUCCCAAUUUAAUCCCCCCUAAUCAUCAAAACCAGGAGUGUGUCUUUUUUUUUCUUGUUUCACGCAAAAUGAAAAAUGACUCUGGGCCUGUCAGCUCUUUCUCUCCACCUCACAGAGUUUUUGUUGUCAUCGUGGGGAAAAUAGGAGGAGGAGGCAGGACGACUAGAUACGUUCACUGCCUUGAAUUAUUUAUAACAAUAAUGGAAUUUAAAAAAUGUAAUAAAAAUAAAAAUGUCACAACUU